CAUAAUAUGGCAAUAACAAUUUUUUUGCAAGUGAUUUCGGAGAUUUUAAGGUCCACUUUUUUGAAUGGAAUAAUAUAUUGUUUUAUUCACUAACCAUAAUCACAGAAAAAUAAUAUACGUAGUCGAAAAAUUAUAAGUUUAGAAGAAAUACUGUAACUUUAAUUUCAUGAAAUUUAUACAUCGAUGGUGGGGAUAUCUUACGAUUACAUAUGUAUAUAAGUUAGUACUUGUGUACAAAUGCAUUAGAAAGACAAGUUAUCUGUGGUAUUGCUUACACUUCGAGUACAAAUUUCAUAGAGUAAAGAAAUCCAGCAAUGUCAGUUAAAGGCGAGAAAAUUGGUAUAAUUGGCAGCGGUCUCAUCGGCCGAAGUUGGGCAAUGCUGUUUGCCAGCGUAGGAUACGAAGUAAUUAUUUAUGACAUUGUAAAAGAACAAAUCAAUCGUGCUCUCGAAGAUAUUCAACAGCAAUUGCAGCGUCUCGAAAGUAGUGGCCUUUUAAGAGGCUCACUCACCGCGGAUCAGCAAUUUAAAUUAAUUACAGGAUCGUCUAAUUUAGUUGAAGUUGUAAAGGGAGCAAAAUUUAUACAAGAAUGCGUUCCCGAAAAUUUACCAUUAAAACUUAAGGUUUACAACGAACUUGAUAAAUUAGUUGAUAAUAGAGUAAUUUUAUCUUCUUCAACAUCUACUUUCCGUCCAUCCUUGUUUAGCGAGAAGUUAAAGCAUCGUGAACAAAUUAUUGUAUCGCAUCCGGUAAAUCCUCCAUAUUAUGUGCCACUUGUAGAAAUUGUCCCAGCUCCUUGGACACGUGCUGAAAUACCAUUACAAACGAAAACUAUUAUGACAGAAAUAGGCCAAACACCUGUUGUAUUUUCUAGAGAAAUUGAUGGUUUUGCACUUAACCGGAUACAAUAUGCAAUUUUAAAUGAAACUUGGAGACUCGUAGCUGAUGGAAUUUUAAGCGCCAAAGAUAUAGACGCCGUUAUGAGUGAAGGGCUUGGAAUGCGAUAUGCAUUCCUCGGUGCUUUUGAGGCGGCACAUUUAAAUGCUGAAGGGAUGAAGAAAUACUGCGAAACUUACAAAAAUUCAAUUUAUGAUGUAAGUAUGACAUUUGGUCCAGUUCCUAAAUUUGAGGGCGAGAUGGCGGAAAAGAUUAGUAAUGAAUUGAAUGAGAUGUGUCCGCUAGAAAAGCUUCAGGAAAGACGUGCAUGGAGAGAUGAAGCUUUAACAAAAUUAUCAUUGUUAAAAAAAGAAUUAAAUAAAAAAAAAUAAAAAUAUUAAUACCAUAAUAAAAGAACUGAGUUAGCAUAGCAAUAAAACUGAACUUGUAAACUAACCUGUAAACUAAAUAAAUAUAUUAAUUAUCAUUACUUGUUAUAUCAAUACACGUUAAAAUGGUUUAUUUAUAAAAACUGAAUAUUUGAUAACUUAAAAAAAAAUUUUGUGGAAGAAUAACAAAUAAAUUUUUUAAAUAUAAAGUUUCAUUU